AUGGCAGACGAUGCCAAACCACGUAUCCCCACUGUGUAUCGCAAUUUGACUCCUAGAGUCACCUCAACAGUAUUACGAAGGGCUAAACAGUUGUGGAGGAACCGGUUUGCUAAAAGAACACUCCGAGACUGGCUUGCACCACCAAAUGAACAACGUCAGGAAAAAAUGGCGCCAAAAAUGAAUGUAGUUUUUCUGAUGGUUGUCAUUGUUGGAGCUGUGUUAGCUGUCUUAUUAACCGUUCUUCUCACAUCGAAAUCGUCGAACAACAGCGAAUCAGAUAUCAGAGUAGUGUACUAUUCGAUGUAUCUCGGAGAUCCCCAGCAAACGCCAGUUCCCAGAUUUCUACGCCUAUUACCAACUAAUGAUGAUGGUGAUUGCAGUAUUGACUUGAAUAUCAACAACACUCGAGAAUCUAUCCUGCUGAUGAAAGAUGAGAAGCAAAGAUACAGCUUCAUUCUUUAUACAAAUCAUGCACAAACAAGUCCUCCUUUGAAAGCUCUGGACGCAGUGAGCGAAUUGGACAAGAUCCGAUCAAAGGAAAAUGGAAUAGCCAAUCAAACCGCAGCGAUAGAACAGUUUGCGAAACAUAGCAAACGGCCGAACGAUCUUAUGGUGCACUAUAUCCCAUGCAAGUUCAACUACAGCAAGGUGGACAACGACACGAAAACCUUCAUUGCUGCAAUGAACAAAAACGGAAUGGAAUCGAAGAUCUUUGUAGUUUCGAACACGGAAACAGAAGACGUUUUGACCAAGAAAUUCAACAAAAGCCACGAGUACGUCGUUGGGAAAAAUGAGAAAGUAAAUGUAGCUGAAAGGAUAGCGGAGUUCGGAACAAGUACUACAUCCACGGAAAAGCCAAUUACGACAAAAACAAUCGAACCAACAACAACUUCAAAAGAAGUGACCACAACCACAGCAGAACCAACAACAACGUCCACUCUUGCGCCGACGACUACCACGGCAGAACCUACAACAACGUCCACUAUAGAGCCGACGACAACCACGGCAGAGCCUACAACAACCUCGACCGUGGAACCGACGACUACCACGGCAGAGCCUACAACAACGUCCACUAUAGAGCCGACGACAACCACGGCAGAGCCUACAACAACGUCCACUAUAGAGCCGACGACAACCACGGCAGAGCCUACAACAACGUCCACACUUGAGCCGACGACUACCACGGCAGAACCUACAACAACGUCCACUAUAGAGCCGACGACAACCACGGCAGAGCCUACAACAACGUCCACUAUAGAGCCGACGACAACCACGGCAGAGCCUACAACAACGUCCACACUUGAGCCGACGACUACCACGGCAGAGCCUACAACAACGUCCACUAUAGAGCCGACGACAACCACGGCAGAGCCUACAACAACCUCGACCGUGGAACCGACGACAACCACGGCAGAGCCUACAACAACGUCCACUAUAGAGCCGACGACAACCACGGCAGAGCCUACAACAACGUCCACUAUAGAGCCGACGACAACCACGGCAGAGCCUACAACAACGUCCACACUUGAGCCGACGACUACCACGGCAGAACCUACAACAACGUCCACUAUAGAGCCGACGACGACCACGACAGAGCCUACAACAACGUCCACUCUUGAGCCGACGACAACCACGGCAGAGCCUACAACAACGUCCACUAUAGAGCCGACGACUACCACGGCAGAGCCUACAACAACGUCCACUCUUGAGCCGACGACGACCACGGCAGAGCCUACAACAACCUCGACCGUGGAACCGACGACUACCACGGCAGAACCUACAACAACGUCCACUCUUGAGCCGACGACAACCACGGCAGAGCCUACAACAACCUCGACCGUGGAACCGACGACAACCACGGCAGAGCCUACAACAACGUCCACUCUUGAGCCGACGACAACCACGGCAGAGCCUACAACAACCUCGACCGUGGAACCGACGACUACCACGGCAGAACCUACAACAACGUCCACUAUAGAGCCGACGACGACCACGGCAGAGCCUACAACAACGUCCACUCUUGAGCCGACGACAACCACGGCAGAGCCUACAACAACGUCCACUAUAGAGCCGACGACUACCACGGCAGAACCUACAACAACGUCCACUAUAGAGCCGACGACAACCACGGCAGAGCCUACAACAACGUCCACUAUAGAGCCGACGACUACCACGGCAGAACCUACAACAACGUCCACUCUUGAGCCGACGACAACCACGGCAGAACCUACAACAACGUCCACUAUAGAGCCGACGACUACCACGGCAGAACCUACAACAACCUCGACCGUGCAACCGACGACUACCACGGCAGAACCUACAACAACGUCCACUAUUGAGCCGACGACAACCACGGCAGAACCUACAACAACGUCCACUCUUGAGCCGACGACAACCACGGCAGAACCUACAACAACGUCCACUAUAGAGCCGACGACAACCACGGCAGAACCUACAACAACCUCGACCGUGCAACCGACGACUACCACGGCAGAACCUACAACAACAGCCGACGACUACCACGGCAGAACCUACAACAACGUCCACUCUGGAGCCGACGACUACCACGGCAGAACCUACAACAACAACGACUACCACGGCAGAACCUACAACAACCUCCACCUUGAGCCGACGACUACCACGGCAGAACCUACAACAACGUCCACUCUUGAGCCGACGACAACCACGGCAGAGCCUACAACAACCUCGACCGUGCAACCGACGACAACCACGGCAGAGCCUACAACAACGUCCACUCUUGAGCCGACGACAACCACGGCAGAGCCUACAACAACCUCGACCGUGCAACCGACGACUACCACGGCUGAACCUACAACAACGUCCUCUCUUGAGCCGACGACAACCACGGCAGAACCUACAACAACGUCCUCUCUUGAGCCGACGACAACCACGGCAGAACCUACAACAACGUCCACUAUUGAGCCGACGACUACCACGGCAGAACCUACAACAACCUCGACCGUGCAACCGACGACUACCACGGCAGAACCUACAACAACGUCCACUCUUGAGCCGACGACAACCACGGCAGAGCCUACAACAACCUCGACCGUGCAACCGACGACUACCACGGCAGAGCCUACAACAACGUCCACUCUUGAGCCGACGACAACCACGGCAGAGCCUACAACAACCUCGACCGUGCAACCGACGACUACCACGGCAGAACCUACAACAACGUCCACUCUUGAGCCGACGACAACCACGGCAGAACCUACAACAACGUCCACUCUUGAGCCGACGACUACCACGGCAGAACCUACAACAACGUCCACUCUUGAGCCGACGACUACCACGGCAGAACCUACAACAACGUCCACUCUUGAGCCGACGACUACCACGGCAGAACCUACAACAACGUCCACUCUUGAGCCGACGACAACCACGGCAGAACCUACAACAACGUCCACUAUAGAGCCGACGACUACCACGGCAGAGCCUACAACAACCUCGACCGUGGAACCGACGACUACCACGGCAGAACCUACAACAACGUCCACUCUUGAGCCGACGACAACCACGGCAGAGCCUACAACAACCUCGACCGUGGAACCGACGACUACCACGGCAGAACCUACAACAACGUCCACUCUUGAGCCGACGACAACCACGGCAGAGCCUACAACAACGUCCACUCUUGAGCCGACGACAACCACGGCAGAACCUACAACAACGUCCACUCUUGAGCCGACGACUACCACGGCAGAACCUACAACAACGUCCACUCUUGAGCCGACGACAACCACGGCAGAGCCUACAACAACGUCCACUCUUGAGCCGACGACAACCACGGCAGAGCCUACAACAACGUCCACUCUUGAGCCGACGACAACCACGGCAGAGCCUACAACAACAACCUACAACAACGUCCACUAUGAGCCGACGACAACCACGGCAGAACCUACAACAACGUCCACUCUUGAGCCGACGACUACCACGGCAGAGCCUACAACAACGUCCACUCUUGAGCCGACGACAACCACGGCAGAGCCUACAACAACGUCCACUAUAGAGCCGACGACUACCACGGCAGAACCUACAACAACGUCCACUCUUGAGCCGACGACAACCACGGCAGAGCCUACAACAACGUCCACUAUAGAGCCGACGACUACCACGGCAGAACCUACAACAACGUCCACUCUUGAGCCGACGACAACCACGGCAGAACAUACAACAACGUCCACUCUUGAGCCGACGACAACCACGGCAGAGCCUACAACAACGUCCACUACCACGGCAGAACCUACAACAACGUCCACUCUUGAGCCGACGACAACCACGGCAGAACAUACAACAACGUCCACUCUUGAGCCGACGACAACCACGGCAGAGCCUACAACAACGUCCACUAUAGAGCCGACGACAACCACGGCAGAGCCUACAACAACCUCGACCGUGCAACCGACGACUACCACGGCAGAACCUACAACAACGUCCACUCUUGAGCCGACGACGACCACGGCAGAGCCUACAACAACCUCGACCGUGGAACCGACGACUACCACGGCAGAACCUACAACAACGUCCACUCUUGAGCCGACGACAACCACGGCAGAGCCUACAACAACGUCCACUGUAGAGCCGACGACUACCACGGCAGAGCCUACAACAACGUCCACUCUUGAGCCGACGACAACCACGGCAGAGCCUACAACAACCUCGACCGUGGAACCGACGACUACCACGGCAGAGCCUACAACAACCUCGACCGUGCAACCGACGACAACCACGGCAGAGCCUACAACAACCUCGACCGUGCAACCGACGACUACCACGGCAGAACCUACAACAACGUCCACUCUUGAGCCGACGACAACCACGGCAGAGCCUACAACAACCUCGACCGUGCAACCGACGACUACCACGGCAGAACCUACAACAACGUCCACUCUUGAGCCGACGACAACCACGGCAGAACCUACAACAACGUCCACUCUUGAGCCGACGACAACCACGGCAGAGCCUACAACAACCUCGACCGUGCAACCGACGACUACCACGGCAGAACCUACAACAACGUCCACUCUUGAGCCGACGACAACCACGGCAGAGCCUACAACAACGUCCACUCUUGAGCCGACGACUACCACGGCAGAACCUACAACAACGUCCACUCUUGAGCCGACGACAACCACGGCAGAACCUACAACAACGUCGACUCUUGAGCCGACGACUACCACGGCAGAACCUACAACAACGUCCACUCUUGAGCCGACGACAACCACGGCAGAGCCUACAACAACCUCGACCGUGCAACCGACGACAACCACGGCAGAGCCUACAACAACGUCCACUCUUGAGCCGACGACAACCACGGCAGAGCCUACAACAACCUCGACCGUGCAACCGACGACUACCACGGCAGAGCCUACAACAACGUCCACUCUUGAGCCGACGACAACCACGGCAGAGCCUACAACAACCUCGACCGUGCAACCGACGACUACCACGGCAGAACCUACAACAACGUCCACUCUGGAGCCGACGACAACCACGGCAGAGCCUACAACAACGUCCACUCUUGAGCCGACGACAACCACGGCAGAGCCUACAACAACGUCCACUCUUGAGCCGACGACUACCACGGCAGAACCUACAACAACGUCCACUCUUGAGCCGACGACAACCACGGCAGAACCUACAACAACGUCCACUCUUGAGCCGACGACAACCACGGCAGAGCCUACAACAACCUCGACCGUGCAACCGACGACUACCACGGCAGAACCUACAACAACGUCCACUCUUGAGCCGACGACAACCACGGCAGAGCCUACAACAACCUCGACCGUGGAACCGACGACUACCACGGCAGAACCUACAACAACGUCCACUCUUGAGCCGACGACAACCACGGCAGAACCUACAACAACGUCCACUCUUGAGCCGACGACUACCACGGCAGAACCUACAACAACGUCCACUAUAGAGCCGACGACUACCACGGCAGAACCUACAACAACCUCGACCGUGCAACCGACGACUACCACGGCAGAACCUACAACAACGUCCACUCUUGAGCCGACGACAACCACGGCAGAGCCUACAACAACGUCGACCGUGGAACCGACGACUACCACGGCAGAACCUACAACAACGUCCACUCUUGAGCCGACGACAACCACGGCAGAACAUACAACAACGUCCACUAUUGAGCCGACGACUACCACGGCAGAACCUACAACAACGUCCACUCUUGAGCCGACGACAACCACGGCAGAACCUACAACAACGUCCACUCUUGAGCCGACGACUACCACGGCAGAGCCUACAACAACAACCUACAACAACCCGACGACAACCACGGCAGAGCCUACAACAACGUCCACUAUUGAGCCGACGACAACCACGGCAGAGCCUACAACAACCUCGACCGUGCAACCGACGACUACCACGGCAGAACCUACAACAACGUCCACUCUUGAGCCGACGACAACCACGGCAGAGCCUACAACAACCUCGACCGUGGAACCGACGACUACCACGGCAGAACCUACAACAACGUCCACUCUUGAGCCGACGACAACCACGGCAGAGCCUACAACAACGUCCACUAUAGAGCCGACGACUACCACGGCAGAACCUACAACAACGUCCACUCUUGAGCCGACGACGACCACGGCAGAACCUACAACAACGUCCACAUUUGAGCCGACGACUACCACGGCACAGCCUACAACAACGUCCAAAUUUGAGCCGACGACUACCACGGCAGAGCCUACAACAACGUCCACUCUUGAGCCGACGACAACCACGGCAGAGCCUACAACAACGUCCACUCUUGAGCCGACGACAACCACGGCAGAGCCUACAACAACGUCCACUCUUGAGCCGACGACAACCACGGCAGAACAUACAACAACGUCCACUCUUGAGCCGACGACAACCACGGCAGAACCUACAACAACGUCCACUAUAGAGCCGACGACUACCACGGCAGAACCUACAACAACGUCCACUCUUGAGCCGACGACAACCACGGCAGAGCCUACAACAACCUCGACCGUGCAACCGACGACAACCACGGCAGAGCCUACAACAACGUCCACUCUUGAGCCGACGACAACCACGGCAGAGCCUACAACAACCUCGACCGUGCAACCGACGACUACCACGGCAGAACCUACAACAACGUCCACUCUUGAGCCGACGACAACCACGGCAGAGCCUACAACAACCUCGACCGUGGAACCGACGACUACCACGGCAGAACCUACAACAACCUCGACCGUGCAACCGACGACAACCACGGCAGAGCCUACAACAACCUCCACUAUUGAGCCGACGACUACCACGGCAGAACCUACAACAACGUCCACUCUUGAGCCGACGACAACCACGGCAGAACCUACAACAACGUCCACUCUUGAGCCGACGACUACCACGGCAGAACAUACAACAACGUCCACUAUUGAGCCGACGACUACCACGGCAGAACCUACAACAACGUCCACUCUUGAGCCGACGACAACCACGGCAGAGCCUACAACAACCUCGACCGUGCAACCGACGACUACCACGGCAGAGCCUACAACAACGUCCACUCUUGAGCCGACGACAACCACGGCAGAGCCUACAACAACCUCGACCGUGCAACCGACGACUACCACGGCAGAACCUACAACAACGUCCACUCUUGAGCCGACGACAACCACGGCAGAGCCUACAACAACCUCGACCGUGGAACCGACGACUACCACGGCAGAACCUACAACAACGUCCACUCUUGAGCCGACGACAACCACGGCAGAACCUACAACAACGUCCACUCUUGAGCCGACGACAACCACGGCAGAACCUACAACAACGUCCACUCUUGAGCCGACGACAACCACGGCAGAGCCUACAACAACGUCCACUCUUGAGCCGACGACAACCACGGCAGAGCCUACAACAACGUCCACUCUUGAGCCGACGACAACCACGGCAGAGCCUACAACAACGUCCACUCUUGAGCCGACGACAACCACGGCAGAACAUACAACAACGUCCACUCUUGAGCCGACGACAACCACGGCAGAGCCUACAACAACGUCCACUCUUGAGCCGACGACAACCACGGCAGAGCCUACAACAACCUCGACCGUGCAACCGACGACUACCACGGCAGAACCUACAACAACCCGACGACUACCACGGCAGAACCUACAACAACGUCCACUCUUGAGCCGACGACAACCACGGCAGAACCUACAACAACGUCCACUCUUGAGCCGACGACAACCACGGCAGAGCCUACAACAACGUCCACUCUUGAAGCCGACGACAACCACGGCAGAACAUACAACAACGUCCACUAUUGAGCCGACGACAACCACGGCAGAACCUACAACAACGUCCACUCUUGAGCCGACGACAACCACGGCAGAGCCUACAACAACCUCGACCGUGCAACCGACGACUACCACGGCAGAACAUACAACAACGUCCACUCUUGAGCCGACGACAACCACGGCAGAGCCUACAACAACGUCCACUCUUGAGCCGACGACAACCACGGCAGAACAUACAACAACGUCCACUCUUGAGCCGACGACAACCACGGCAGAACCUACAACAACGUCCACUCUUGAGCCGACGACACACACGGCAGAGCCUACAACAACCUCGACCGUGCAACCGACGACUACCACGGCAGAACCUACAACAACGUCCACUCUUGAGCCGACGACAACCACGGCAGAGCCUACAACAACCUCGACCGUGGAACCGACGACUACCACGGCAGAACCUACAACAACGUCCACUCUUGAGCCGACGACAACCACGGCAGAACCUACAACAACGUCCACUAUAGAGCCGACGACUACCACGGCAGAACCUACAACAACCUCGACCGUGCAACCGACGACAACCACGGCAGAGCCUACAACAACGUCCACUCUUGAGCCGACGACAACCACGGCAGAGCCUACAACAACCUCGACCGUGCAACCGACGACUACCACGGCAGAACCUACAACAACGUCCACUCUUGAGCCGACGACAACCACGGCAGAGCCUACAACAACGUCCACUCUUGAGCCGACGACUACCACGGCAGAACCUACAACAACGUCCACUCUUGAGCCGACGACAACCACGGCAGAACCUACAACAACGUCCACUCUUGAGCCGACGACAACCACGGCAGAACCUACAACAACGUCGACUCUUGAGCCGACGACAACCACGGCAGAGCCUACAACAACGUCGACUCUUGAGCCGACGACAACCACGGCAGAGCCUACAACAACGUCCACUCUUGAGCCGACGACAACCACGGCAGAGCCUACAACAACCUCGACCGUGCAACCGACGACUACCACGGCAGAGCCUACAACAACGUCCACUCUUGAGCCGACGACAACCACGGCAGAACAUACAACAACGUCCACUCUUGAGCCGACGACAACCACGGCAGAACCUACAACAACGUCCACUCUUGAGCCGACGACAACCACGGCAGAACCUACAACAACGUCCACUCCCGACGACAACCACGGCAGAGCCUACAACAACGUCGACCGUGAGCCGACGACUACCACGGCAGAACCUACAACAACGUCCACUCUUGAGCCGACGACAACCACGGCAGAACCUACAACAACGUCCACUAUAGAGCCGACGACUACCACGGCAGAACCUACAACAACGUCCACUCUUGAGCCGACGACAACCACGGCAGAACCUACAACAACGUCCACUCUUGAGCCGACGACAACCACGGCAGAACCUACAACAACGUCCACUAUAGAGCCGACGACUACCACGGCAGAACCUACAACAACCUCGACCGUGCAACCGACGACUACCACGGCAGAGCCUACAACAACGUCCACUCUUGAGCCGACGACAACCACGGCAGAGCCUACAACAACCUCGACCGUGCAACCGACGACUACCACGGCAGAACCUACAACAACGUCCACUCUUGAGCCGACGACAACCACGGCAGAACCUACAACAACCUCGACCGUGCAACCGACGACAACCACGGCAGAACCUACAACAACGUCCACUCUUGAGCCGACGACAACCACGGCAGAGCCUACAACAACCUCGACCGUGCAACCGACGACUACCACGGCAGAACCUACAACAACGUCCACUCUUGAGCCGACGACAACCACGGCAGAGCCUACAACAACCUCGACCGUGCAACCGACGACAACCACGGCAGAACCUACAACAACGUCCACUCUUGAGCCGACGACAACCACGGCAGAACCUACAACAACGUCAACUCUUGCAGCCGACGACAACCACGGCAGAACCUACAACAACCCGACGACAACCACGGCAGAGCCUACAACAACGUCCACUCUUGAGCCGACGACAACCACGGCAGAACAUACAACAACGUCCACUCUUGAGCCGACGACAACCACGGCAGAACCUACAACAACGUCGACUCUUGAGCCGACGACAACCACGGCAGAGCCUACAACAACGUCCACUCUUGAGCCGACGACAACCACGGCAGAACCUACAACAACCUCGACCGUGCAACCGACGACUACCACGGCAGAACCUACAACAACGUCCACUCUUGAGCCGACGACAACCACGGCAGAGCCUACAACAACCUCGACCGUGCAACCGACGACUACCACGGCAGAACCUACAACAACGUCCACUCUUGAGCCGACGACAACCACGGCAGAACCUACAACAACGUCCACUAUAGAGCCGACGACUACCACGGCAGAACCUACAACAACGUCCACUCUUGAGCCGACGACAACCACGGCAGAACCUACAACAACGUCCACUCUUGAGCCGACGACAACCACGGCAGAGCCUACAACAACCUCGACCGUGCAACCGACGACAACCACGGCAGAGCCUACAACAACGUCCACUCUUGAGCCGACGACAACCACGGCAGAGCCUACAACAACCUCGACCGUGCAACCGACGACUACCACGGCAGAACCUACAACAACGUCCACUCUUGAGCCGACGACAACCACGGCAGAGCCUACAACAACGUCCACUCUUGAGCCGACGACAACCACGGCAGAACAUACAACAACCCGACGACAACCACGGCAGAACAUACAACAACGUCGACUCGUGCAGCCGACGACUACCACGGCAGAACCUACAACAACGUCCACUCUUGAGCCGACGACAACCACGGCAGAGCCUACAACAACCUCGACCGUGCAACCGACGACUACCACGGCAGAACCUACAACAACGUCCUCUCUUGAGCCGACGACAACCACGGCAGAACCUACAACAACGUCCACUAUAGAGCCGACGACUACCACGGCAGAACCUACAACAACGUCCACCGUGCAACCGACGACAACCACGGCAGAGCCUACAACAACGUCCACUCUUGAGCCGACGACAACCACGGCAGAGCCUACAACAACCUCGACCGUGCAACCGACGACUACCACGGCAGAACCUACAACAACGUCCACUCUUGAGCCGACGACAACCACGGCAGAGCCUACAACAACGUCCACUCUUGAGCCGACGACUACCACGGCAGAACCUACAACAACGUCCACUCUUGAGCCGACGACAACCACGGCAGAACCUACAACAACGUCCACUCUUGAGCCGACGACAACCACGGCAGAACCUACAACAACGUCCACUCUUGAGCCGACGACAACCACGGCAGAACCUACAACAACGUCCACUCUUGACCGACGACAACCACGGCAGAGCCUACAACAACAACCUACAACAACGUCCACUCUUGAGCCGACGACAACCACGGCAGAGCCUACAACAACCUCGACCGUGCAACCGACGACAACCACGGCAGAACCUACAACAACGUCCACUCUUGAGCCGACGACAACCACGGCAGAACCUACAACAACGUCCACUCUUGAGCCGACGACAACCACGGCAGAACCUACAACAACGUCCACUCUUGAGCCGACGACAACCACGGCAGAACAUACAACAACGUCCACUCUUGAGCCGACGACAACCACGGCAGAACCUACAACAACGUCCACUAUUGAGCCGACGACUACCACGGCAGAACCUACAACAACGUCCACUCUUGAGCCGACGACAACCACGGCAGAGCCUACAACAACCUCGACCGUGCAACCGACGACUACCACGGCAGAACCUACAACAACGUCCACUCUUGAGCCGACGACAACCACGGCAGAACCUACAACAACGUCCACUCUUGAGCCGACGACUACCACGGCAGAACCUACAACAACGUCCACUCUUGAGCCGACGACAACCACGGCAGAACAUACAACAACGUCCACUCUUGAGCCGACGACAACCACGGCAGAGCCUACAACAACCUCGACCGUGCAACCGACGACUACCACGGCAGAACCUACAACAACGUCCACUCUUGAGCCGACGACAACCACGGCAGAGCCUACAACAACGUCCACUCUUGAGCCGACGACUACCACGGCAGAACCUACAACAACGUCCACUCUUGAGCCGACGACAACCACGGCAGAGCCUACAACAACGUCCACUCUUGAGCCGACGACAACCACGGCAGAACCUACAACAACGUCGACUCUUGAGCCGACGACAACCACGGCAGAACCUACAACAACGUCCACUCUUGAGCCGACGACAACCACGGCAGAGCCUACAACAACCUCGACCGUGCAACCGACGACUACCACGGCAGAACCUACAACAACGUCCACUCUUGAGCCGACGACAACCACGGCAGAGCCUACAACAACGUCAUCUAUAGAGCCGACGACUACCACAGCAGAACCUACAACAACGUCCACUCUUGAGCCGACGACGACCACGGCAGAGCCUACAACAACGUCCACUCUUGAGCCGACGACUACCACGGCAGAACCUACAACAACGUCCACUCUUGAGCCGACGACAACCACGGCAGAACCUACAACAACGUCCACUCUUGAGCCGACGACAACCACGGCAGAGCCUACAACAACCUCGACCGUGCAACCGACGACUACCACGGCAGAACAUACAACAACGUCCACUCUUGAGCCGACGACAACCACGGCAGAGCCUACAACAACGUCCACUCUUGAGCCGACGACAACCACGGCAGAACAUACAACAACGUCCACUCUUGAGCCGACGACAACCACGGCAGAGCCUACAACAACCUCGACCGUGCAACCGACGACUACCACGGCAGAACCUACAACAACGUCCACUCUUGAGCCGACGACAACCACGGCAGAGCCUACAACAACCUCGACCGUGCAACCGACAACCACGGCAGAACAUACAACAACGUCCACUCUUGAGCCGACGACAACCACGGCAGAGCCUACAACAACGUCCACUCUUGAGCCGACGACAACCACGGCAGAACAUACAACAACGUCCACUCUUGAGCCGACGACAACCACGGCAGAACCUACAACAACGUCCACUCUUGAGCCGACGACAACCACGGCAGAACCUACAACAACGUCCACUCUUGAGCCGACGACAACCACGGCAGAGCCUACAACAACGUCGACCGUGCAACCGACGACUACCACGGCAGAACCUACAACAACGUCCACUCUUGAGCCGACGACAACCACGGCAGAGCCUACAACAACGUCCACUAUAGAGCCGACGACUACCACGGCAGAACCUACAACAACGUCCACUCUUGAGCCGACGACAACCACGGCAGAACCUACAACAACGUCCACUCUUGAGCCGACGACAACCACGGCAGAACCUACAACAACGUCCACUCUUGAGCCGACGACAACCACGGCAGAACCUACAACAACGUCCACUCUUGAGCCGACGACAACCACGGCAGAGCCUACAACAACCUCGACCGUGCAACCGACGACUACCACGGCUGAACCUACAACAACGUCCUCUCUUGAGCCGACGACAACCACGGCAGAACCUACAACAACGUCCUCUCUUGAGCCGACGACAACCACGGCAGAACCUACAACAACGUCCACUCUUGAGCCGACGACAACCACGGCAGAACCUACAACAACGUCCACUCUUGAGCCGACGACAACCACGGCAGAACCUACAACAACGUCCACUCUUGAGCCGACGACUACCACGGCAGAACCUACAACAACGUCCACUCUUGAGCCGACGACAACCACGGCAGAACCUACAACAACGUCCACUCUUGAGCCGACGACAACCACGGCAGAGCCUACAACAACCUCGACCGUGCAACCGACGACUACCACGGCAGAACCUACAACAACGUCCUCUCUUGAGCCGACGACAACCACGGCAGAACCUACAACAACGUCCUCUCUUGAGCCGACGACAACCACGGCAGAACCUACAACAACGUCCACUCUUGAGCCGACGACAACCACGGCAGAACCUACAACAACCCGACGACAACCACGGCAGAGCCUACAACAACCUCGACCGUGCAACCGACGACUACCACGGCAGAACCUACAACAACGUCCACUCUUGAGCCGACGACAACCACGGCAGAGCCUACAACAACGUCCCACUGAGCCGACGACUACCACGGCAGAACCUACAACAACGUCCACUCUUGAGCCGACGACAACCACGGCAGAACCUACAACAACGUCCACUCUUGAGCCGACGACAACCACGGCAGAACCUACAACAACGUCCACUCUGCAGCCGACGACAACCACGGCAGAGCCUACAACAACGUCCACUCUUGAGCCGACGACAACCACGGCAGAGCCUACAACAACCUCGACCGUGCAACCGACGACUACCACGGCUGAACCUACAACAACGUCCUCUCUUGAGCCGACGACAACCACGGCAGAACCUACAACAACGUCCACUCUUGAGCCGACGACAACCACGGCAGAACCUACAACAACGUCCACUCUUGAGCCGACGACAACCACGGCAGAGCCUACAACAACGUCCACUCUUGAGCCGACGACAACCACGGCAGAACCUACAACAACGUCCACUCUUGAGCCGACGACAACCACGGCAGAACCUACAACAACGUCCACUCUUGAGCCGACGACAACCACGGCAGAGCCUACAACAACCUCGACCGUGCAACCGACGACUACCACGGCAGAACCUACAACAACGUCCACUCUUGAGCCGACGACAACCACGGCAGAGCCUACAACAACCUCGACCGUGCAACCGACGACUACCACGGCAGAACCUACAACAACGUCCACUCUUGAGCCGACGACAACCACGGCAGAACCUACAACAACGUCCACUCUGCAGCCGACGACUACCACGGCAGAACCUACAACAACGUCCACUCUUGAGCCGACGACAACCACGGCAGAACCUACAACAACGUCCACUCUUGAGCCGACGACAACCACGGCAGAGCCUACAACAACGUCCACUCUUGAGCCGACGACAACCACGGCAGAGCCUACAACAACCUCGACCGUGCAACCGACGACUACCACGGCAGAACCUACAACAACGUCCACUCUUGAGCCGACGACAACCACGGCAGAGCCUACAACAACCUCGACCGUGCAACCGACGACUACCACGGCAGAACCUACAACAACGUCCACUCUUGAGCCGACGACAACCACGGCAGAACCUACAACAACGUCCACUAUAGAGCCGACGACUACCACGGCAGAACCUACAACAACGUCCACUCUUGAGCCGACGACAACCACGGCAGAACAUACAACAACGUCCACUCUUGAGCCGACGACAACCACGGCAGAGCCUACAACAACCUCGACCCCGACGACAACCACGGCAGAACCUACAACAACGUCCACUCUUGAGCCGACGACAACCACGGCAGAGCCUACAACAACCUCGACCGUGCAACCGACGACUACCACGGCAGAACAUACAACAACGUCCACUCUUGAGCCGACGACAACCACGGCAGAGCCUACAACAACGUCCACUCUUGAGCCGACGACAACCACGGCAGAACAUACAACAACGUCCACUCUUGAGCCGACGACAACCACGGCAGAACCUACAACAACGUCCACUCUUGAGCCGACGACAACCACGGCAGAGCCUACAACAACGUCCACCGUCUUAAAGCCGACGACAACCACGGCAGAGCCUACAACAACGUCCACUCUUGAGCCGACGACAACCACGGCAGAACCUACAACAACGUCCACUCUUGAGCCGACGACUACCACGGCAGAACCUACAACAACGUCCACUCUUGAGCCGACGACAACCACGGCAGAACCUACAACAACGUCCACUCUUGAGCCGACGACAACCACGGCAGAGCCUACAACAACCUCGACCGUGCAACCGACGACAACCACGGCAGAACCUACAACAACGUCCACUCUUGAGCCGACGACAACCACGGCAGAGCCUACAACAACCUCGACCGUGCAACCGACGACUACCACGGCAGAACCUACAACAACGUCCACUCUUGAGCCGACGACAACCACGGCAGAGCCUACAACAACCUCGACCGUGCAACCGACGACUACCACGGCAGAACCUACAACAACGUCCACUCUUGAGCCGACGACAACCACGGCAGAACCUACAACAACGUCCACUAUAGAGCCGACGACAACCACGGCAGAACCUACAACAACGUCCACCGUGCAACCGACGACAACCACGGCAGAGCCUACAACAACCUCGACCGUGCAACCGACGACUACCACCACGGCAGAACCUACAACAACGUCCACUCUUGAGCCGACGACAACCACGGCAGAGCCUACAACAACCUCGACCGUGCAACCGACGACUACCACGGCAGAACCUACAACAACGUCCUCUCUUGAGCCGACGACAACCACGGCAGAACCUACAACAACGUCCACUCUUGAGCCGACGACUACCACGGCAGAACCUACAACAACGUCCACUCUUGAGCCGACGACAACCACGGCAGAACCUACAACAACCUCGACCGUGCAACCGACGACAACCACGGCAGAGCCUACAACAACCUCGACCGUGCAACCGACGACUACCACGGCAGAACCUACAACAACGUCCACUCUUGAGCCGACGACAACCACGGCAGAACCUACAACAACGUCCUCUCUUGAGCCGACGACAACCACGGCAGAACCUACAACAACGUCCACUCUUGAGCCGACGACUACCACGGCAGAACCUACAACAACCUCGACCGUGCAACCGACGACUACCACGGCAGAACCUACAACAACGUCCACUCUUGAGCCGACGACAACCACGGCAGAGCCUACAACAACCUCGACGGUGCAACCGACGACAACCACGGCAGAGCCUACAACAACGUCCACUCUUGAGCCGACGACAACCACGGCAGAGCCUACAACAACCUCGACCGUGCAACCGACGACUACCACGGCUGAACCUACAACAACGUCCUCUCUUGAGCCGACGACAACCACGGCAGAACCUACAACAACGUCCUCUCUUGAGCCGACGACAACCACGGCAGAACCUACAACAACGUCCACUAUAGAGCCGACGACUACCACGGCAGAACCUACAACAACCUCGACCGUGCAACCGACGACUACCACGGCAGAACCUACAACAACGUCCACUCUUGAGCCGACGACAACCACGGCAGAGCCUACAACAACCUCGACCGUGCAACCGACGACAACCACGGCAGAGCCUACAACAACGUCCACUCUUGAGCCGACGACAACCACGGCAGAGCCUACAACAACCUCGACCGUGCAACCGACGACUACCACGGCAGAACCUACAACAACGUCCACUCUUGAGCCGACGACAACCACGGCAGAGCCUACAACAACCUCGACCGUGCAACCGACGACUACCACGGCAGAACCUACAACAACGUCCACUCUUGAGCCGACGACAACCACGGCAGAACCUACAACAACGUCCACUCUUGAGCCGACGACUACCACGGCAGAACCUACAACAACGUCCACUCUUGAGCCGACGACAACCACGGCAGAACAUACAACAACGUCCACUCUUGAGCCGACGACAACCACGGCAGAGCCUACAACAACGUCCACUAUAGAGCCGACGACAACCACGGCAGAGCCUACAACAACCUCGACCGUGCAACCGACGACUACCACGGCAGAACCUACAACAACGUCCUCUCUUGAGCCGACGACGACCACGGCAGAGCCUACAACAACCUCGACCGUGGAACCGACGACUACCACGGCAGAACCUACAACAACGUCCACUCUUGAGCCGACGACAACCACGGCAGAGCCUACAACAACGUCCACUCUUGCAGCCGACGACUACCACGGCAGAACCUACAACAACCCGACGACUACCACGGCAGAGCCUACAACAACGUCCACUCUUGAGCCGACGACAACCACGGCAGAACCUACAACAACGUCCUCUCUUGAGCCGACGACAACCACGGCAGAACCUACAACAACGUCCUCUCUUGAGCCGACGACAACCACGGCAGAACCUACAACAACCUCGACCGUGCAACCGACGACUACCACGGCAGAACCUACAACAACCUCGACCGUGCAACCGACGACUACCACGGCAGAACCUACAACAACGUCCACUCUUGAGCCGACGACAACCACGGCAGAACCUACAACAACGUCCACUCUUGAGCCGACGACAACCACGGCAGAACCUACAACAACGUCCACUCUUGAGCCGACGACAACCACGGCAGAGCCUACAACAACCUCGACCGUGCAACCGACGACAACCACGGCAGAGCCUACAACAACGUCCACUCUUGAGCCGACGACAACCACGGCAGAGCCUACAACAACCUCGACCGUGCAACCGACGACUACCACGGCAGAACCUACAACAACCUCGACCGUGCAACCGACGACAACCACGGCAGAACCUACAACAACGUCCUCUCUUGAGCCGACGACAACCACGGCAGAACCUACAACAACGUCCACUCUUGAGCCGACGACAACCACGGCAGAACCUACAACAACGUCGACCGUGCAACCGACGACAACCACGGCAGAGCCUACAACAACGUCCACUCUUGAGCCGACGACAACCACGGCAGAGCCUACAACAACCUCGACCGUGCAACCGACGACUACCACGGCAGAACCUACAACAACGUCCACUCUUGAGCCGACGACAACCACGGCAGAGCCUACAACAACCUCGACCGUGCAACCGACGACUACCACGGCAGAACCUACAACAACGUCCACUCUUGAGCCGACGACAACCACGGCAGAGCCUACAACAACGUCCACUAUAGAGCCGACGACAACCACGGCAGAGCCUACAACAACCUCGACCGUGCAACCGACGACUACCACGGCAGAACCUACAACAACGUCCACUCUUGAGCCGACGACAACCACGGCAGAGCCUACAACAACCUCGACCGUGGAACCGACGACUACCACGGCAGAACCUACAACAACGUCCACUCUUGAGCCGACGACAACCACGGCAGAACCUACAACAACGUCCACUCUUGAGCCGACGACUACCACGGCAGAACCUACAACAACGUCCACUCUUGAGCCGACGACAACCACGGCAGAGCCUACAACAACGUCCACUCGUGAGCCGACGACAACCACGGCAGAGCCUACAACAACCUCGACCGUGCAACCGACGACUACCACGGCAGAACCUACAACAACGUCCUCUCUUGAGCCGACGACAACCACGGCAGAACCUACAACAACGUCCACUCUUGAGCCGACGACAACCACGGCAGAACCUACAACAACGUCCACUCUUGAGCCGACGACAACCACGGCAGAACCUACAACAACGUCCACUCUUGAGCCGACGACAACCACGGCAGAACCUACAACAACGUCCACCCCGACGACAACCACGGCAGAACCUACAACAACGUCCACUCUUGAGCCGACGACAACCACGGCAGAACCUACAACAACGUCCACUCUUGAGCCGACGACAACCACGGCAGAACCUACAACAACGUCCACUCUUGAGCCGACGACAACCACGGCAGAGCCUACAACAACCUCGACCGUGCAACCGACGACAACCACGGCAGAGCCUACAACAACGUCCACUCUUGAGCCGACGACAACCACGGCAGAGCCUACAACAACCUCGACCGUGCAACCGACGACUACCACGGCAGAACCUACAACAACGUCCACUCUUGAGCCGACGACAACCACGGCAGAACCUACAACAACGUCCACUAUAGAGCCGACGACAACCACGGCAGAACCUACAACAACCUCGACCGUGCAACCGACGACUACCACGGCAGAACCUACAACAACGUCCACUCUUGAGCCGACGACAACCACGGCAGAGCCUACAACAACCUCGACGGUGCAACCGACGACAACCACGGCAGAGCCUACAACAACGUCCACUCUUGAGCCGACGACAACCACGGCAGAGCCUACAACAACGUCGACCGUGCAGCCGACGACUACCACGGCAGAACCUACAACAACCCAGUGCACUAACCGACGACAACCACGGCAGAACCUACAACAACGUCCACUCUUGAGCCGACGACAACCACGGCAGAACCUACAACAACGUCCACUCUUGAGCCGACGACUACCACGGCAGAACCUACAACAACCUCGACCGUGCAACCGACGACAACCACGGCAGAACCUACAACAACGUCCACUCUUGAGCCGACGACAACCACGGCAGAGCCUACAACAACGUCGACUCGUGCAACCGACGACAACCACGGCAGAACCUACAACAACGUCCACUCUUGAGCCGACGACAACCACGGCAGAGCCUACAACAACCUCGACCGUGCAACCGACGACUACCACGGCAGAACCUACAACAACGUCCACUCUUGAGCCGACGACAACCACGGCAGAGCCUACAACAACGUCCACUCUUGAUCCGACGACAACCACGGCAGAACCUACAACAACGUCCACUCUUGAGCCGACGACAACCACGGCAGAACCUACAACAACGUCCACUCUUGAGCCGACGACAACCACGGCAGAACCUACAACAACGUCCACUCUUGAGCCGACGACAACCACGGCAGAGCCUACAACAACCUCGACCGUGCAACCGACGACUACCACGGCAGAACCUACAACAACGUCCACUCUUGAGCCGACGACAAAACCACGGCAGAGCCUACAACAACCUCGACCGUGGAACCGACGACUACCACGGCAGAACCUACAACAACGUCCACUCUUGAGCCGACGACAACCACGGCAGAACCUACAACAACGUCCACUCUUGAGCCGACGACAACCACGGCAGAACCUACAACAACCUCCACCGUUAGACCGACGACUACCACGGCAGAACCUACAACAACCUCGACCGUGCAACCGACGACUACCACGGCAGAACCUACAACAACGUCCACUCUUGAGCCGACGACAACCACGGCAGAGCCUACAACAACCUCACGACCGAGACAACCCGACGACUACCACGGCAGAGCCUACAACAACGUCCACUCUUGAGCCGACGACAACCACGGCAGAGCCUACAACAACCUCGACCGUGCAACCGACGACUACCACGGCUGAACCUACAACAACGUCCUCUCUUGAGCCGACGACAACCACGGCAGAACCUACAACAACGUCCUCUCUUGAGCCGACGACAACCACGGCAGAACCUACAACAACGUCCACUAUAGAGCCGACGACUACCACGGCAGAACCUACAACAACCUCGACCGUGCAACCGACGACUACCACGGCAGAACCUACAACAACGUCCACUCUUGAGCCGACGACAACCACGGCAGAGCCUACAACAACCUCGACCGUGCAACCGACGACAACCACGGCAGAGCCUACAACAACGUCCACUCUUGAGCCGACGACAACCACGGCAGAGCCUACAACAACCUCGACCGUGCAACCGACGACUACCACGGCUGAACCUACAACAACGUCCUCUCUUGAGCCGACGACAACCACGGCAGAACCUACAACAACGUCCUCUCUUGAGCCGACGACAACCACGGCAGAACCUACAACAACGUCCACUAUAGAGCCUACGACUACCACGGCAGAACCUACAACAACGUCCACUCUUGAGCCGACGACAACCACGGCAGAACCUACAACAACGUCCACUCUUGAGCCGACGACAACCACGGCAGAGCCUACAACAACGUCCACUAUAGAGCCGACGACAACCACGGCAGAGCCUACAACAACCUCGACCGUGCAACCGACGACUACCACGGCAGAACCUACAACAACGUCCACUCUUGAGCCGACGACGACCACGGCAGAGCCUACAACAACCUCGACCGUGGAACCGACGACUACCACGGCAGAACCUACAACAACGUCCACUCUUGAGCCGACGACAACCACGGCAGAACCUACAACAACGUCCACUAUAGAGCCGACGACUACCACGGCAGAACCUACAACAACCUCGACCGUGCAACCGACGACAACCACGGCAGAGCCUACAACAACCUCGACCGUGCAACCGACGACUACCACGGCAGAACCUACAACAACCUCGACCGUGCAACCGACGACUACCACGGCAGAACCUACAACAACGUCCUCUCUUGAGCCGACGACAACCACGGCAGAACCUACAACAACGUCCACUAUAGAGCCGACGACUACCACGGCAGAACCUACAACAACGUCCACUAUAGAGCCGACGACAACCACGGCAGAGCCUACAACAACCUCGACCGUGCAACCGACGACUACCACGGCAGAACCUACAACAACGUCCACUCUUGAGCCGACGACAACCACGGCAGAACCUACAACAACGUCCACUAUAGAGCCGACGACUACCACGGCAGAGCCUACAACAACCUCGACAGUGGAACCGACGACUACGACGGCAGAGCCUACAACAACGUCCACUCUUGAGCCGACGACUACCACGGCAGAACCUACAACAACGUCCACUCUUGAGCCGACGACAACCACGGCAGAACCUACAACAACGUCCACUAUAGAGCCGACGACUACCACGGCAGAACCUACAACAACGUCCACUAUAGAGCCGACGACAACCACGGCAGAGCCUACAACAACAUCAACCGUGGAACCGACAACUACGACGGCAGAGCCUACAACAACGUCCACUAUAGAGCCGACGACAACCACGGCAGAGCCUACAACAACCUCGACCGUGGAACCGACGACUACCACGGCAGAGCCUACAACAACGUCCACUAUAGAGCCGACGACUACCACGGCAGAGCCUACAACAACCUCGACCGUGGAACCGACGACUACCACAGCAGAGCCUAAUAACACGUCAUCAGCAGAACUGACAGCAUUCCUUCUAUCCGCAAUGGAAUCGGCGACUACCUCUCCAAAACUAAGUGCAGCGUCGAAAACAGCCAAGCGGAUAGUGGAGUAUCACGACCGAGGCAACUACAACUUCACGAAAACGACAGUUGGCCCGGCGUCAACCGACGCUAACACGUCCCACCCUAAAUAUCUUAAAACCGGAACAUCAGUGGAGACGUUGAAAAGGAAUAUUCGAUGUUUGUUUGUGGGGGAUCUCUUCAGUUUCGGAAAGGAUGCCUAUAGAUACGACCGGGAGAAGGUGUUCAUCAAAGAGGUUGGUGCGGAUUUGUACAGGAAGACAGAAAACUCCACUGUUGGGAUAACCACAUACGGAUUUGUACCUGUCCAGCCUUUGAAUCUUAUACCUGCAUUAAAUGGGAUGAAACAGGACAACGAAGACUUUGCGAAACAUGUGAAAUUACAAACCCGCCUUCGCGAUGCUGAAACGGCUUCUACCACUAGAGAGGCCAUCAAUGAAAUCAACGACUUCAAGCAUGUUCGAGGACGUGCCAACUGCUUGAUCUUCUUCUCAGCACAAAACAAUACAAAAGAUUUGCCUCCUCUGAAACCACCGAAGGACUGGAAGAGAAUUGUUGCGGUUGGAUUUGAUGACACCAAUCUAACAAAUGUGGUCGAACCGCCACGUGGAGUUGCAUCUGUUUGCAAAGCAGACUCUUUAAAGAUUACGAAGUGUCGUUCAACGACGACGUUUGCUUUCCUGCCUAACCGAUCUUCAAUUGUACAGUGCUAUCCAAAUGUGUUGUAUGCAUUUAUACAUAUGUAUUACAGUCCUUGCAUUUAUAAAUACACAUGUGAAUUCUACUCUUCCCAUGAAUUUGGACAGUGUUCUCCACGAAUCACAAUGUCCACAAGCACUUUCUGCAUAGUCGUAUCAGUAAUUGUCGGAUUCGACAAGCGAUUUAUCUUAAAAGAAUCAUAA